UAAGAACAGAAAUAGAAUCGUCUCGAUGCUUUCACCCUUUCUCAAAAUUUUCGGCUGCACAGCCGGUGACGUGACCAGGGCAAGGCUGUCGUUUAAUACCAAUUUGAGAAGUUCUUAAGUUUCCAGGAGGGCUUCAACCUACCCCAGAGUACAGUGACAAUAUUUUCAGUGCCAUGAACUUCCAAGUGACGGUGUCGUCGAUCUUUGAGGAGGCACAGUCGGAGCAAGAUGAGGAAGGAGACCUCACGCCUCAAGACCUGACGAUGGGAGGCUGUCUGGUGUGUGGAGACAAGGCCUCCGGCUUUCACUAUGGAGUCUACAGCUGUGAGGGCUGCAAGGGAUUUUUCCGCCGAAGUGUGACCCGUGGCCAUGUGAAGGCCUGCAGAUGGGGGAACCAGUGCAGUAUGGACCUGUACACCAGGAGGAGAUGUCCCGAGUGUCGCCUCAGGUCCUGUAAGGCUGCUGGCAUGAGACCUGACUGUCUGCUCACUCAGGCUCAGCGCAGAUCAAAAACCCUGUGGAGGCAGCGGCAGGCAUCACAACCCAUCAAACCUGAAUCUGCUGUGUCCUCCACCAAUCAGGAGCUGGCACAGGUACCCUCACCCAAUCAAAGUGGAGUUCAGCAAGACCAACCGUUGGUCACUGCUUCUGAAAUCGCAAGCUUAUUAAGUUCCGCAGGUCCUGACAGAGUGCUCACAACACAGUCUUCAUCCGAAAUGCCUUCCCUUCAUCAGAACAUUGCACCUUGUGAUUCUUCUUCAUUUUUUGAUGAAGUCGUGUCUGUGUUCAUAGAUGUCACGCAGGAUAACAUCCAGUAUUGUCGUUCUGAAUCUUCAGGAAGCGAAGACAUGCUUUCAUUCUUUGCCCUCCUUGCAAAUGGCUCAGAGCUGUUGUCAGAACCGAUUUGCCUGGACACCAUCCCAUCUGUUUCCCCUGUUCUAUCCAGCACAACUGAAGGUGGUGCAGACACUUCCUUACAGGAUGACAGUAGAACUGAGCAUGCUCAGACUCUUCUUUCUCUGCAUACAGGUGUCAAGUAUGAAGCCCCCUUACCCACCAAUAGUCUUUCAGCAUUGCUGAAAUCUACAGGGUCUUCAGCCAAUCAGAAGCCAGACCUUCCAUCCUCCAAUGAAGUGGCUGAUUGCAAGGCAAACAGUGUCGAUAGCUGUUUAGGGUUGUCCGUCGCCCCAGCAAAGUAUGAAGAGCCGGUGCUAGGGACAAGCAAUGCUGGCUCUACCAUGUCCAAACUCUUUAUCAGACCACAGCUCAUGCAGCAACUGUCAUCAGACCACCAGGCCAUCAUUUCUGACAUUCUAGCAUACCUGAAGGAGGCUACUGAGGCAGGCCGCAGGCACACCUUGAAGCUGUAUAAGGAGGCGCUGACAUGCAGGACUCUCCACGAGAAGCGCAUGCUGUGUGUACAGAGUGGCACGGUCACAGUACAGAAGUACAUCACCUUCAGUAAGUCUCUGCAGGGGUUCAACGACCUCCCUCUGGACGACCAAGUGGCCGUUGUGAAGGGUUCCCUCUUUGAGUGCUUUGUGAUGCGAGUACCUGUCUUCCUCAAGGAGUGUGGUCUUGACAUUGGAGUCUUGGAACGGCUGGUGGCACCAGUGCACACCCAGGAGUUCAUGUCCAUGCUGAAGUCCUGGUAUGAGGGGAUGUGGAGGCUCAACAUCGACUCCAUCACCGUGCACCUGCUCAUCUGUGCCGUCAUUUUGUCCCCAGAUCGUCCCAACGUCGGAGCCCGUGGCACCCUGGAGAGGGCGCAGGAGCGCUACGUGGAGUGUCUGCACGCCUACUGCAAGGUGGCCUACACGGACGAGCCGAUGAUGUUCCCGCGCCUUCUGAGCAAGCUGACGGAGGUCCGCAGUGUGGGACAAGCCUGUGAGAGAAGUCUGCUGACGGAGUGUGGGCCCAUGGUCAAGGAAAACCCGCUGGCCUCCGAGAUUUGUAGUCCAGAUUAAUUAGUCAUACCUUGGACAGUUAGGUUUGACAUACAUCUAUGAGACUAUGAAACCAGGUGGCUAUUGAUACUCUUUCUUCACCCUUGUUCUUAGUAUCAACUAG